AUGACUCCAUCACUGCUAGUUUACAAACUACUUCAACUAAAAAGCGAGAUGACCGCCUCGGCUGGGAGCAAUAACACUAGUUCCAGCGAGGAGAACAAAGUGCCUUCUGCCGUCCCCAAAACUCAAUCAGUGGCAACAUCAUCGAUGAAGUUAUCCACGCCGUCGGUAUCUCCUUCCCCGGCUGCCGGUGGCAAAACAUCGGCGACUCUCCCCCGAACCGAACUCCAAAUUCAGGAGGCCCGUAGAGAAACUGCAAGAUUCUUGAACGGAACCAUUUAUACAGUCAUCAUCUGCACCGUCAUUUUCAUGGGUAUCUUACUUCCCGGAAGUUUUGUCAGCGCCCUUCAGCCUAAUUUCAAGAUCUGGCAUAUGACUUUACUGGCUCAGGUUACGAGGGUGUUUCGUCAAUAUUAUGGAUAUUUCUGGACGUUCCUGGAAUCGUAUGCGCCUUGGCUAAUUUUGCGUUCCUCGUCCACUCCUUGUUUAGGGUCUAUUUCCGGUGUUACUCACGAUCAAUUCGUGUUACCUGAAAUCAAAUAUGCGGGCUUCUUUGUAACCCCUUCCGAACAUGGCCCGAAAAAAAUUUUUUCCUUCAACAUCGAUAACCUCCAUCGUCCUUUCUUUUCUCUGCCGCGAAAGUUCACCUGCCCGUCUUAUCAACUUUUUCCGCCUACAUUUUCUCCCACUUCUGUCAACCUUCGAUUCUUUGCUGUGCCUAUUGCUUGCCACCCAGCGUUGGAAUACCCAAACAUACAGGCGAUGAUUGAGGCUAGCCGUGUCAACAACCCGCCAAUGUUACUUGAUUUAGGAAUUACCUACACUACGGGCUACUACCGGGGUUGA